AUGCUUUUAGUAAACGCAAGUGCCAGGCUCAGAUAUGCUGUGAAUCUCACCCUAUUCUUUUUCUUUACAAAAAUAGUAAUUUGCAUUUUAUGUAAACAUAACAGUACCCUACGCAGUAGCAACAUUUUCCGCCACAAGAGCAAAAAAGUAUUCCAAAUAGACCCCUCCCGAGCUGAGAAAAAAAUUCCCAAGUGUGUAACCUUCAUCCAUUUUAACAGUCCAUACAAAAAGAUAGACACCAGAGAAAAGGAAUAUAAACUGAAUGACGACUUGAGGAACAUCAUCCUCCUGUUUGGGAGAAUUGCAGAGCCGUAUUACCCCAAGACAGCUGAACAGUUUAAUUUUUACAAAGAACCGUAUAGCAAAUAUAUCCACACGGGUGAAAAUCCAAGUCACACAAAAUGGAAACACGUUUUUAAGGACCAUCAAACAAUUAAUAAAAAUAUUUUCCAUGAAAAAAUUUGCCAACUGAAAUUUAAAUGGCCAAUUAACCAAGAUGAAAAUAUUGCAGAAAAUAACUUCUACAAUUUAGUUAUAGAAAAAUGCCUGAACAACAUCAACAUUGUAAAAAAUAAUAUCCACCAGUUGAAGCUCCUUCUCAGCAGAGCUAUAGAAAGUAAGAAGGAACCUGCGGGGAGGGGCGGCAAGCAGGCCACACCCGCCGAGGAACAACGGAGACUCUUCCUCCACAGUUUGUACGACGAACUGGAAAAGGAAUUCUUCAGCGAAAAUGAGGAGGCUUCGCAGCGGGAAGAGCGGUGGAAUGCGCGGCAACAGGGGGACCCCCUCGAAAGAGACAGGCGCAGGAGGCAAAUCCUGGAAAAAUUGGAAAACUUCCACCUGAGCGACAUCUUUAAGCAACACAACAGGUCCUACACAAGACUGCUCGUAAACGAAAUUUUUAACAAAGAAUAUCCUUCCAAAAAGACGACGGAUUUAUUCCUUCAUUUGCUUUUCCAAACAAAUGUAGAAGAAUUUUCGUAUGAACAAUUUCUAACCUGCCUGAACAGGCUAGGCAAAAAAAUCGAGCUCUUCACCUGCAACUACAAUUCCAACAUUCACUUUGAUCACUUCUUCUUUCUCAUGAAAAAUGAAUUUAAAAAAAACUCCAUUCUCCUGAAGAAGAAAAAAGCGGCUCCUCCAAAAAUUGCAAAAGCGAAAAGGGAGUACAGUAACGACCCAAGUAAAAGCCUAACUGCGCAAAGAAACAAAACGAGACUCAUCCAACACAGACAUAACAGUGUAGGGGAAAAUGCGAAAAAAAAAAGGAAACAAAAUUCGCUCAUCAUACAGCAUGAUGCCAUCGGCAACCAGUUUAAUGGCACACAGGGGAAUGUCAAAAAUGAAGACCAUUUGCACCAAAUAGAUGGUCUGGAUACGCGGCAGGCAAAUUUUAUAAUUCCUCCCACCUUGGACACCGAAGAAAAUGCAAAGGAAGGUAAAAAAAUGCACACCGAUGGUAUGCGGACCGGUUCCCAAACUGUGGGCACCAACCUCAAGAGCACAGUUAUUCGGCUAUUUAACUACAUCGUCGAUAGCAUAAAAAAAAUGGCUUCUAAUGGGUGA